UUAAUCCAGUUUUCAAAAUUGAUCAAGAAUAUGUUCUUUUCUGAAUUUAUUUAUUUAUCCAAGUUUUGAUUUGAUUUGAUUUUUCUUCAACAAAAAAGAAAAAAAAAAUGGCGACUUUUGGGACGACGCAGAAAUGCAAGUGUUGUGAUAAAACUGUACAUUUUGUAGAGAUGAUGUCUGUUGAUGGAGUUCCAUAUCAUAAGACAUGCUUCAAAUGCCAUCAAUGCAGUGGACGUCUCUCUAUGAGUAGCUACUCAGCUGUGGAUGGGAACCUAUACUGCAAGCCUCACUUUGAACAGCUCUUUAAAGAAACUGGAAGCUACAAUUUUAGCAAGUCUCCAGCAAAACAAGCAGAACCACAGAAUAAGACUCCCCCUAGUAAAAUGUCCUCCUUUUUCUCUGGCACCCAAGAAAAAUGUGCAACCUGCAAGAAGACAGUGUAUCCAUUGGAGAAGAUAACAGUGGAGGGUGAUUUCUACCACAAAAAUUGCUUCAAGUGUGCUCAUGGAGGGUGCCUCAUCACACCCUCAUCCUAUGCUGCUUUGGAUGGAGUAGUUUACUGCAAACCUCACUUUGCUCAGCUCUUCAAGGAGAAAGGAAGCUACUCCAAUAUCAGCAAGAAGAAGAAUGCUGGAGAUACCACUCCCAACGACUCUGAGGCCGAGCCCGACACCGAGCCCGAGUCCGCUCCUGUGCCCGACGCUGAGCCUGAGGGUGAGCCCGACGCUGAGCCUGAUCAACCUAGUGGGUCACCACAAGCGGUUGAAAAUUAGGGAAUUGACCACAAUUUAUAUAGCAUUUCUUGUUGGAAUAUAUUAUCAACUUUUUACUUUUCUUGUAUUUAUUAAAUUUUUGCAUGCACGGUCAUUUAUAUUUCUAAAGAUUACAUAGCAUUAUAGGACCCUGAGGAUUACAUUUAUUGCCUAUGUAAUUACUUAGGUUCUUUAUUAAUUAUAUAUAGUUUACUUACCUUGUGAAUCCA